UGAGUCUACACAUUGUCUUUUUUGUUAUAAAGGCAAUGGACGUGAAGAUGUUGAAGCAUUAGAAACCAAGGGAAGGAAAGAAGAAGAAUUAUGGCGUCGAAACCGGGAUUUCUCACCGAGUGGCCAUGGACUUGGCUCGGAGACUUUAAGUAUGUGGUGAUAGCGCCGUGGGCAAUACACUCAACAUACACAUACGUGACGAAGGAUCGAACCGAGAGGGAUAUUGGGCAACUCAUCAUAUUCCCUUUCUUGCUAUCAAGAAUGAUCCACAACCAAUUGUGGAUUUCCUACUCUCGCUAUCGCACGGCCAAGGGGACUAACCGGAUAGUCGAUAAAAACAUUGAGUUUGAGCAGGUCGACCGCGAGAGAAACUGGGAUGAUCAGAUUAUAUUCAAUGGGAUAUUAUUCUACAUUGGAUAUAUAUACAUCAAGGAGGCUCAUAAUCUUCCAUGGUGGCGAACGGACGGUGUGAUUUGGACAAUCCUUCUACAUGCGGGUCCGGUGGAGUUUCUAUACUACUGGCUGCACCGGGCGCUGCAUCACCACUUCUUGUACUCGAGAUAUCAUUCGCACCACCACUCCUCCAUCGCCACCGAGCCCAUCACAUCUGUGAUACAUCCAUUUGGGGAGCACAUAGCCUACUUCGCCCUUUUCGCGAUACCACUGCUGACGACCGUGUUGACGAAGACGGCUUCCUUGCUGUCGUUUGCCGGUUACAUAACCUACAUCGACUUCAUGAACAACAUGGGACACUGCAACUUCGAGCACAUACCCAAACGCCUCUUCUCCGUCUUCCCUCCCCUCAAAUACCUCGUCUACACGCCUUCGUACCACUCCUUGCAUCACACUCAAUUCCGGACCAAUUACUCGCUCUUCAUGCCAUUCUACGACUACGUGUAUGGCACCAUGGACAAGUCCUCUGAUACAUUGUACGAAAGCUCACUAGUUAGAAAGGAGGAGGUGCCUGAUCUGGUGCAUCUCACUCAUCUAACGACGCCAGAAUCCAUAUAUCAUCUGCGCGUUGGAUUCGCAAGCCUGGCCUCCGAGCCUCACAAAUCCAAGUGGUACCUGUGGCUAAUGUGGCCAGUGACUGUAUGGUCCAUGAUGCUCACUUGGAUAUACGGCCGCACAUUUGUUGUCGAGAGAAACGUCUUCAAGAACCUCAAACUGCAAACAUGGGCUGUGCCUAAGUAUAGCAUCCAAUAUUACAUGCAUUGGCAGAAAGAGUGGAUAAACAACCUGAUUGAAGAUGCAAUCCUCGAAGCGGAUGAGAAGGGCGUAAAGGUGCUGAGCCUCGGGUUAUUGAAUCAGGAAGAGGGGCUUAACAGAAAUGGUGAUGUUUUCUUGAGAAAACACCCUCAGCUUAAAGUGAAACUGGUGGAUGGGAGUAGCUUAGCAGUUGCCAUAGUUCUGAACAGCAUUCCGAAAGGAACAACUCAGGUGGUGUUCCGAGGCAAUCCAAACAAGGUUGCAUAUUCCAUCGCGCUCGCCUUAUGCCAAGGGGGGAUACAGGUCUUCACAUUGAACGAGGACGACUACAAGAAGAUCAAAGCUAAGCUCAACAGUGAGGCCGCGAGUAAUCUGAUUCUCUCCAAAAACAGCCCUUCAAAGAUAUGGUUGGUGGGAGACGGGCUAACUGAAACAGAUCAACAAAAGGCGUCGAAAGGAACCAUGUUCAUUCCCUUCUCUCAGUUCCCCCCAAAGAAAACGCGUAAAGAUUGCUUGUAUAACACCACACCAGCAAUGUUGGCUCCAAAGCAUAUUGAGAAUCUUGACUCUUGUGAAAACUGGCUGCCGAGGAGAGUGAUGAGCGCGUGGCGUGUGGCAGGAAUCGUGCAUGCUGCAGAGGAAUGGAAUGUGCAUGAGUGUGGCAAUGUGAUGUUCAAUAUUGAGAAGAUUUGGAAGGCCAGUCUUGAGCAUGGAUUCCGUCCCCUCACCGCGUCUGCUGAAUCAAACCUCAACAACUAGGUUGCAUUCUUCGAUUUCGAAAAAAGUGAAAUGUGGUAUAUAUGUUGCAGCCUAAAUUUUACAGUUACAAAAAUGCUCAAAUGUCUAAUCUUGAACAUUUAAUUUAUCCAUUCUAUAUCAAAGAAAACUUUGGAGUGUU